UAUAUUUAUCGUGCCACGUACGCGUCGGGGCGCAGUCGCAACUUUGGAAAGCUCCCCUAACAUGGCUGUUAAUGUAUCUGGUGUGAUUUCUACCAGCCUAACCUGGUUUUAUCUUCUUGUAAUGUUCGUAUCAUGUUGUGUGUCCGGUAGUAAUGUCUUGAUAUCAUCAAUGCAUGGGGAAGGGAGUCACUUCUUCCUUGGUGCCGCCAUUGGUGAAGGCCUAGUCCAACGAGGACACAACGCCACACUUCUCAUCAGCAGGGCAUAUGAACGUCGUACCAGGGAACCAAUGUACUCCAAUCUAUCCUUCGAAGUGUUUGACCAUCACAAGAGGUCCCUUCAAGAGAUCCGAGAUUUCUGGAAGAACUUCGGUGUUCUUUCGCUUGGGAAAGGUGAUGAUGGUCUCAUUAAGACUGUGUACUACUUGAUCGAAUCGAUGGCAGAUGACUGCGAGGAUCUCCUUCUCGAUAUCGAGCUCAUGAAGCGCCUGGAGGACGUCGACGCUAUCGUUGUCGAUAUGACUUGGAUAUGUGGAAUAAUGAUCAGAGCCGCGCUGGAACGCAACCUGAACUACUCGAAGAAGAUAGCCCUGGUGACUCUGACACCUUUAACACCUCAUCUUAUGGCGUUGUUUUCGUACGGUUCCUCGUACAAUCCAGCCUACCAACCAGAACUCAACACGGGCUUUACCAACAGGAUGAGUUUCUUAGAGAGGACAGCCAAUCUCCUGCAGUCUGUUGUAUACGCGGUGCUUGGUGCUACUCUGAUACCGCUCUACAUGCGCGUAGGGGAGAACACAGGACUUGAAGAUGUCAUGAGCAUAAAGAUGUCUCUCAUGAACGAUCUUGCCGACUUACACCUUCAAAACUUUGAUUUCGCCAUCGAGUUCCCGUUCCCGAUAUCACCAAAUGUGAUUCCAGUCGGAGGUGGGCUGACAGCAUGGCCACCUACACAACUUGACCAGGAACUGGAAGAUUUCAUGGAGAGUUCAGGCGACCAUGGUGUCAUUCUCUUCACCCUUGGCACGUACUUCGGUGAGAUAACGAUCAUUCAACCGGGAUUUGCUGAGCAGUUUGCCAAAGCUUUCCGAAGAUUGCCGCAGAAGGUGAUCUGGCAGAUGAAGGAUCCACUCGGCGAAAUCGACGUUUCUCCAAACGUGAAGGUCAAGCCCUGGGUACCUCAGAAUGAUCUACUGGGUCAUCCAAAGACCCGAGUAUUUCUUUAUCAGGGAGGCAACAACGGGUUCCAGGAAGCCUGCUAUCACGGUGUACCCAUAGUCGUCGUCCCGCUCCACGCGGACCAGUUCGACGUCGCCGCCAGGGUCGUAGCUCGAGGGAUGGGCAAGAAGAUCGACAAGAUGGCUGCCAGUGCUGAUGUUAUCUAUGAUACCUUACAGGACGUCAUCAGUGAUCCAAAGUACACUGCAGUGGCUAAAGAGGUUUCUACCAUCAUCAGAGAAAGGCCCAUGCAGGCACGAGAACGCGCAGCAUUCUGGAUUGAACACGUGAUCAAAUAUGGCGGACAGUAUCUCAAAACAUCUGCAAGGGAUCUUUCCCUCAUUGAGUUUUUCAUGAUCGACGUCCUCGCAUUUCUUCUACUGCUUGCCACAGCGUUUCUUCUUAUAGUUAUAUUUGGGGUUCGUUUAUGUUGUCGAAUGGUUUGUGGAAAGAGGAAAGCAAAAUUAGACUGAGAUCAUAUAGGGUGCCUCUAGAUGGAGGGCGUGUUGCGGGGUAUGCAUGCCCUCCCCCCCCCCCCCCCAUAAUGGACGUACGAGGUGGGAUGAGGGCCUGCUGAUCGUAAGCUCCUCAAGAUUGGGUAAUUAAAAACACCCUUGCAAUCAUAUUUCGGCACCAGUUGCCUCAUAUCAAUGGCACCUAUAGGUAGUCUAUUAGAAUAUGUUAAAAUCUCCUUUAUAAUUAGUACAUUGUUAUACAAAAAAUGAAUCUACAAUACAAUAAGUGUCAAUUUCGCUCACUUCCAUACUCACAAAUUUAAUAAAAAGGGGAGAGGGGGAUCGAAUAUUCGACAUUGUGACACCCCUCCCCUUGUAUAUUUUCUGUUGGUAAAUCUUCAAGAGAAAAAAAAUGUAUUUAGCAUUAUAUCGAUAAAUCCUCUAAUAAUUUGAUUAUUAAUUUAUUUAUCCUUGCAUGUGGAAGAUAAAAUGAUCCGAUGUGUUUCAAAUUUUAGAUUCUGAUAUAGUGUUGUUGUUGGUGCUUUUUUUUAAUUUGUCCGAAAAUUCAGGUUUAGGUUGAUGGUCUUUGCCACCUUUCUGGAAAUAAUGGCUUUUCUGUAUCCUGAAUCGUAUAAUGAAGCCAUUGAAAAUAAAGCCACAUAAUGUAAGCUUUUUUAUGCAUCGGUCCAAAAAUGCAUAAUAUGUUAGAGUUGAAGAUCAGAGCGAUUGUAACUAUGGCAAAGACGAAGACUAUAUAGAAGUAUUCGAAAAUAUGAACAGGGGGGGGGGGGGCGGAGCCGUUCAUUGUGUGUUUUGUGAGAUGGGAGUCGCAAUUUAUCACAGUAGCCCUUUGCCAUCAGUAUAUAGAAAUUUGUUUAGGGCUAAUAAUUAAAUUCCUACAUGUCUAUGCACAAUUACCAAGCGAUUCAAUAUUUCUUUUCCCAAAUAAACAUGAAUUUCUAAAGGAAAUAACUUUUCUACUUAUGCUGCUGGAUUCGAAGAUUUUUCAGCAACUCCCAGGUAAAAUUCAUAGGCCAAAUUGUUGAUAUCAUUAACAGUUAUUACGACCGAUGUUAUUCGACAUUUCAAUAGCCUAUUCUGCAAGGCAUGAUUAAAAUAUUACCAUAUAGUCUA